AUGGCAAACACCGAUUGCUGGCUGGCAUUAAGGUUUACAUGGCACAUCAUCCGAUCGCGCCUGAUGUCAGCGCUUGGAGUGGCCAUGAUAGUGGCUGAACCGAUACUUGCGAUUGGAUCUGUGUGCUGCAGCUUCAAUCUUGAGGUAUACAACUGCCUGAGAUGGGCGCUUUUUGACAGAAGACGAUGGGAAGUGGAUGUCUCGGCCGUACCUGAAGUCAAGACAGCACAGAAAGGCCUUGAAAGACUGCAUGGAGACAGGUUUUAUUACGGAAAGUACGUUCCACAGGGCAUCGAUAAGAGGUUUCUGCAGAGCCAUCUUGCAUUGGUUGUGACGGAUAUUGCAGACAGCACCGAUCUGUGGAACCAUUGGCCAGAUGCAAUGUACCGGACAAUCGAAUUGCACGACGAAAUGGCUAGGAAUCUGUGUGCAAUGCAUGGCGGGUGCGAGAUCAGGAACGAGGGAGACUCUUUCCUGUUUGCAUUUACAGACACCAAUGAUGCACUGAAGUUCUGUAAGGAGUUCCACAGAAGUGUGUUUGCUGCAUUUAGAAACUGGGUGCCGUUCGGUAUAAUAAGGCGCAGGGUGCUCCCAAUUAAGGUUCGGAUUGCAGUGUGCCAGGGCCCUGUUGCGCUGAGCCGUGACAGUAUCCUGAGCGUGCACGGAGAGGCAGUGUCCAGGAUAUAUGCAAUGAAAGCACAUCCAGACAAAAUAUGCAUACACAACAGCUGUGUUCACUCCGCAAUGGCUGCAAUAAGAAAAAUGCCUUUGCUCUGUGUGCAUGGCACAUUGUGA